AUGUGCAGCAUCAGGCUCCAAAGGAUCAUCAUCAGCAUGGGUAUUGCUGCCAACCUUAACACUGAUGCCGCACCCCUUCUCACGCUCAGCAAGGACCUGGACCCUCUAGGAACUGCCUGGCCCGUUGUCAAAGGUCCCAAUUCUAAGGGCCUGUACAUCGGCAACAACACCCUCCUCAUCCCUGAACCCAAUAAAAACAACUACACUGUCCGUUGA